GAGGAGCGGUGCCUGUGGGAGACAAAGCGGUUCUCUAGCGCCACCCCCCCCCACCACAGGCGUGUUGGUGUCCCCACUAUCCCCGAUGGUCACCGCUUUCAGGAAGACAAUCGGUUUAAAUAUCUAAAUCUGGGGUAACGUUCAACGCAGUGCGGUGCAGACAGAGAGGAGGACGCGUUUCGUCACGGUUGAGUAGUGGAAAGCUUUCCGGGGAACCAUGUCGUCUCUAUGGCAGACAUCCUCGUACUCCCCGAGUGGGGCUCUCCCCGAGAUAGACUCCAGCUCGGUCCGGCUUGGAGACCACCGGGCCCUGAACCCGGCCUGGCCCAAGCAGGAGCAGGACGAGCUGAGCAUCAUCAAGUGGGAGAACCUACACACGGGGGGGAACGGACCCGAUGUCGUGCAGGACAACACGCCCAGUAGCGCCAUGUCAUCGGGCUCUGCCACUGAGGGUCUCCCGCCCAGGGUCCUGAUGACCAUCACCAAGCUGCAGUGUUUGUUGGAGCGGAAGCAGGACCGCAUCGCUGCCCUGGAGCGGCAGGUGGAGGACCUGAUGCAGGACAGGAAGUUCCUGCGCAGCCAGAUCGAGAACCUCACCAGCAACCGCCCGUCGGCUGCCUACGCGCCGCCCAGCCAGCCCGCUGCUGCCGCCGCCACGGCCACCACCGCCGCCGCCGCUGAAGGUCCUAAACCGCCGCACGUGGAGGCCCGGUCCCGUAAGAGAGAGCGGGAGCGCGUGGGGUCCAGCGACUCCCUCAGCAACGACAGCGACUCGGAUGUGUCCAUCUCGACAGACGUUUCCAUGGCGACCAGCGAGCACCGCAGGAAGCGACGCAGCAAGGACAGGAAGAGAGGGAAGAGAGGAAAGGACUACAGCAGGAAGAGAGCCACGGGCAUCCAGUACGUCAUCCACCGCUACAAGCAGGUCCUCGCCGCCUACAACAAGAAGAAGAACAUGACCAAGGCCUUCCGCCACUACGGCAUCGACCGCAACACCAUCGCCAACACGGCGUCCAUCGCAGAGCUCCACCUGGCCUGCAAGGACACCGCCGCCCUGGUGGGCACCUUCCGCCACGGCGAGGAGACUCUGGUAAACUACGCCCAGCGCUGCGCCCUCUGCAUCGACUGUGACGCGGACCUGUCGAGGAGGAUAGACCUGAUGAAGACCAAUGGAGAGCUGCUGCCCAUCUCGGUGAAGAGGGGCCGCGGGGUGCAGCCUCACUUCCAGCCACUGGGGGGCGACAUCGAGAGCAUUGUGCUGAGUUAAGGAGCGACGGUAGCAGGAAAUACAAGCGGCCGUCUGUCUGUCGCUCUGAUGUGCAGGAUCAUUUUCGGGCUACCUCGGUCACACAGACCCACGGCAAAGCUAGGCUGGCUUUCCAACGCUGACUUAUCAUUCUAUUUUUAGAAGAAACACUGUGAUGUGUAGCCUAUUUGUUAAUUCUUCCCCGGGUUCUAAAGGUCGUGUUUAUGUAAUAACGCUACCGUAGCCUUGUUUUUAAGUAAUAUUAUCCUUGAAAUGGACACUUCGAAUUGAUUAUAUAUGUUUUUUAAUAUACUUUAUUUAAUUAACAAUCACUACUGGUAUCUUUGUAUGGUAUUUCCAUUACUGGAGUUUAUGUGCAUAGCCGUACAGACUGUUUUGGUAGCAGCUGAGAACUAUUUUAAGUUUGUGCAGAGUAGCAAAUAGACGCAACAUACAUGAGGUCAGAAAAUAGCUUCCAAGGUCCAAUGUUCUACCUAUUUUUCUCACAUAUUUUGAAUGCUUUUAUUAUGUAAAGGAGGUGGAAAUCUACUAAAGCAUAUGCUGUAUAGGCCUAUGCACACUAACUUUGUUAAAGUCUAACGAUUUUCAGUAGGUCACAAAUGAAUGGGUCCUUUUAAAUAGCCAGGUUUUUCUGCAUGUCUGCAAGACCCUAAAUGUAAUAUAGCCUAAAAGUUUUAUCCCAGAUAUUUUGAAUGUUUAACAGGUGUGGAUCUUUUUUUUUCUGAAAUUGAUAUUUAAGUGCUAUGAUGAAGAUUUCCACACGAUGGCAGUGCUGACCUAUACAAACCCAUUUAAAGUCAAAUAGUGAACUUUUCGUUUUGAUUUACAA